AUGAAACCAUUAAUCAACUUCAAAACUACAAUCAUCACCCUCCUAUACUUUUCCAUCUCCCUCUUUCCCCUUCAAGCCUACGACCCGGUUGACCGCUACACCCUCAAUUGUGGCACAACAGGAAACUCUACCGACGGAGAAAGAACAUGGACAGGAGACACAAACUCAAAACUUUUGUUAUCAUCACAAAACAACAACCCAACAACAAUUUCUGUUCCAACAACACCACAAAAACCUUCCAUCAACAAAAUCCCUUAUUCAACAGCUCGUUUAUCACACUCAAUAUUCAACUACUCUUUCCCAGUUACUAAAGGUCCUAAAUUCCUCCGUCUUUUUUUCUACCCUUCUGCCUAUUCCAACGGGUUCAACCGUUACGAUGCUUCCUUCACCGUUGUAUCCAACGGAUUCACACUUGUUAAGGAUUUUAAUGCUUCGUUAAACGCUGAUGUUGAAGGUGUUGAUACUUUAUUCAAAGAAUAUGUUAUCAACGUUGGUGAUGAUCAAAGGCUUGAUUUAAGUUUUAUUCCAAGUGGAGGAAAUUCUAAAAAUUAUGCUUUUAUUAAUGGAAUUGAAGUCUUAUCCAUGCCUGAUUAUCUCUAUUAUACACCAACCACUGAUCCUGGUUUUUCACUUGUGGGGUCCACCAUCAUACCAACAUAUAGUAUUUCAACCACCGUUGCACUAGAGACAGAUUACAGGAUUAAAGUUGGGAACUCACCAAAUAUUCAAGACACAGGCAUGCUUAGAAACUGGAACAAAAACGACACAGACUAUUUAAGAACUCCAACAUCAUACGAUUUUGUCUCUCAAGACUUAACAGGUAGAAUGAACAUCACAGUAACUCCCGAUUACAUGGCACCCAAAGACGUCUACAGAUCAUCGCGUAACUUGGGCACCAAUGCCACUCUCAACAAACUCUUAAACCUAACUUGGGAGUUCCCACUUGAUUCUGGUUUCUAUUACUUGAUCAGGCUCCACUUCUGUGAACUCGACCCCUACAUAUCUACCGUAGGCAAUAGAGUCUUCACCGUCUAUUUACAAGGAAACGUGGCGGUAGAACAAGCAGAUGUUAUGAAAUGGACCGAAGGUAAAAAAGGGGUUGCCGUGCAAAGAAACUACGCCGUUUCAGUUCCAAAGAGUAAUAAUAACAAGAAAGUUAAUUUCUCUAUUCAAAUGCAUCCGUAUGGUGAUGGUAGAAUCUCCAAUUACAGUGACCCGUUUUUAAACGGACUUGAGAUUUUCAAAAUCAGUGACAUCGGUUUGAAGAAUCUAGCUGGACCCAACCCGGAUGUUGUUCAGUAUCCGGUUCAAGAGAAGCCGAAAAGCAAAAGCAUAAGUGGAACGACAAUACUUGGCGUCGUUUUGGGAGUUGUAUUCGGUGUCGUUUUCGUUUCCCUUGUCGUUUUCUUUGUUUGUAGAAAAAAAAGACCAACGAAAGGGGAAAAGGCUACAACGACAAAAGAUUCAAAGUCUUCAGCGACUUCGAAGUGGGGUCCACUGUCGUUUGCAACGACCAAGUCAAGCACUACGCAACCCUCAAAUCUACCGUCAGAUCUCUGCCGCAGCUUCUCGCUCCAAGAUAUACGCGCCGCCACAAACAACUUCGACGAACUCUUCAUCGUCGGCGUCGGAGGAUUCGGCCAUGUCUACAAAGGCUACAUCGACAACGGUUCAACACCGGUCGCGAUCAAGCGUCUCAAACCGGGUUCACAGCAAGGAGAAAACGAGUUCAUCAACGAAAUCGACAUGCUCUCAAAUCUCCGUCAUCUUCACCUAGUUUCUUUAAUCGGUUACUGCAAUGAAAACAACGAAAUGAUCAUCGUCUAUGACUUCAUGGCGCGUGGAACUUUACGCGAACAUCUCUACAACACUGAUAAUCCUGCCUUAUCAUGGAAACAGCGAUUAAAGAUUUCUAUAGGCGCGGCGCGUGGUUUACACUACCUUCAUACAGGCGCCAAACACACGAUCAUCCACCGUGACGUGAAAACAACGAAUAUUCUGUUAGAUGAGAAAUGGAUCGCGAAGGUUUCUGAUUUUGGGCUUUCUCGCAUUGGGCCUACGGGUGUAACCAAGGCCCAUGUUAGCACUGUUGUGAAAGGUAGCGUUGGUUAUUUAGAUCCUGAGUAUUACAAACGACAGCAUUUAACUGAGAAAUCUGACGUGUACUCUUUUGGAGUUGUUUUAUUUGAGAUACUUUGCGCACGGCCGCCUAUAAUCAGAACCGCGGAAAAGAAACAGGUGUCACUCGCUGAUUGGGGGAGAUUCUGCUACAAAAGUGGGGCCCUCGGGAGUAUCGUGGACCCUUCUAUAAAGUGGAGUAUAGCACCAGAGUGUCUGAAGAAAUUCGGUGAAAUUGCGGUUAGUUGUUUGUUGGACGAUGGAACACUGAGACCGUCGAUGAACGACGUCGUAUGGAUGUUGGAAUUUGCGUUACAGUUACAAGAGAGUGCGGAACAACGUGAGCGUGUUGUUGUGGGAGGUGGUGUUGUUGGUGAUGACGUGGAGGGUGGUGAAAGAAGAAAAGAAAAUGAUGAUGAUGACGACGUGUUUAGUAGUAGCGGGACCAAUAUUGGAAACGUUUCGGAUUUUAAUAAGAGUACUGAAGUGAGUGUGAGUACUAUGACGGGGAGUAGUAGUGGUGAGAAUAGCUAUGGUUUUAAUAAGGAAAGUGUUUUUUCUGAAAUUGUGGAUCCAAAAGCACGUUGA